UUGUGUUGCUCUGAAAUCCUGAAGCAGAGAGACUUGGACAAGAACACAACUGGAGCUGCCAUUGCAGGGGGAGCACCUGCCAUGGGGACAGCCACACAGCAAACCCUCAUCACUUUGCUCUCCGUAGCAGCAGUGGUUGCCCAGGCAGAAGACACCUGCCCAGAAGUGAGGAUAGUGGGACUCAGCGGUUCUGAUAAACUCGCCGUUCUCCAAGGCUGCCCUGGGUUUCCUGGUGCCGCAGGACCCAAAGGUGCCCCAGGAGCUGCAGGAAUGAGAGGUGUACAGGGAACACAGGGAAUCCCUGGGAAGGCAGGACCACAGGGGCUGAAAGGGGAUAGAGGUGCUGCUGGUCCCCCGGGUCCAAAAGGUGAUAAAGGAUCUCCUGGAGCACCUGGAACACCAGGAGAGAGUGAGCUGGACAGCGUACAGUGUAAGAAAGGAGCAAAAAACUGCAAGGAGCUGUUAGCUAGAGGGAACACCCUGAGCGGCUGGUACACCAUCUACCCCCGUGACUGUAACGCCAUGACCGUGCUGUGCGACAUGGACACAGAUGGUGGGGGAUGGCUUGUUUUCCAGAAAAGGGCAGAUGGAUCCGAGAACUUUUUCCGUGACUGGGGUUCAUACAAAAGAGGUUUCGGCAGCCGGCUGUCAGAAUUCUGGCUGGGGAAUGACAAUAUCCACCUGUUAACAUCUCUAGGAAACCAUGAACUCCGUAUUGACCUCAAAGACUUUGAAAACAACAUGCAGUUUGCCAAGUACAAGUCAUUCAAGAUUGCAGGAGAGACGGAGAAAUACAAACUGGUUCUUGGAGACUUUCUUGGAGGCACUGCAGGUGAUUCACUAACCAUGCACAAGGACAUGCAGUUUUCAACCAGAGACCGUGACAACGACCUGGGUUCAAAUGCUCAAAACUGUGCUGCAAUCUACAAGGGGGCCUGGUGGUACAAGGACUGUCACUGGUCCAACCUGAAUGGGAUGUACUUGGCUGGUGCCCACUCCAGCUUUGCGGAUGGGGUGAACUGGAAGACGGGCAAAGGAUAUAACUAUUCCUACAAACAGUCAGAAAUGAAAUGUAGGCCUGUCUAGCUCAGCCAGCAGGCACACGAUGAAGGAGAACUGCUCUCUGUUUCUUGCCUGUAACAUAUUUCUGCCAUCCGUAUUUUCCCGGCAAUGCCUUCUCCUUUCUCCCCCCAGGGCCUGGGUUCUAAGUGUGGACAAAGCCCUGAUCUUCAUUUUGGUACCACUGAUUUCAUUCGUUUCCUUUGGCUUCCACCAGUGACUGUGCCUUGGCUGCCCAACUAACAGAGCUGCUUCCCAUGCUACAGGGUUCAUGGCCGGGGAUACGAGUGCAAGUGGCACCCUCUGUCUAGACACGAAGUAACAAUAAGAUUAAUCUCCACUGAGUUGGACUUAGAAGCCUGCUCCUGUCGUUAAGGUAGUGGGUUGGGACUCUAGAGACUGGGGUUCAGGUAUUGCUUCAGGUAUCCAUUUCCUGUGUCAUCUUUGGCAAGUAAUGUAGGAGACGACCACGCCGCAGCUGGGAGGUGUAAUUCCCAGUGUGGGUAGACAUGCAUGCACCAGCUCUGAUCAGCAGCAGUUGGGCCACGACACCUUGGGCUAGCCACCUGAGGGCAUGCCUAAGACGUUGGACUGGCUUGGGUCCGCUCAAAAGCAUGUCUCUCGCACCCCACAAGUUGGUCCACUAAAAGCUAUUCCCUCACCCAUCUUGUCUCUCUCGGAUUGAACUCGGGCAGCUUGCCUGAACCUCUGCUCACCUCAUUGCAGCCACACGGCUACUUCUAGUGCACUAGCUCAAUCAGAACUCCAGCCCGGACGUCUCCUGGAGCUGGGAAGUGCAUCUCCAGCUUCAGUAAAGACCUACCUUUAAUCUCACUGUAACAUGGUGUGAUAAAUGAAGCUGGGGGAUAGCUCCCUUUUAUGGACAGCCCGCCAGCCAGCUAGCUAUAAAAUCCCUGUUAGUAGAUGUUCUCUACUUACUGUACCUGUACAGGGUUAAAAAAAGGUCAUAGAUAAAAAGAACGGAGUGGGCACCUGACCAAAAGAGCCAAUGGGAAGGCUGGAGCUUUUUAAAAUCGAAACAAGACUCCACUUUUGUCUGGUGUUGUUCUUCUCCGGAGAGCAGAGACACAGAGCAGCAACGUUAUAAGCAGCUUUAAAACCAGAUAUGAAAAAGCAUCAAUUCAUACCUCGAACCUACUUAUCUGAAACCCCAGAUAUGUACGUAAAUCAGGGAAUGUCUAGGAAGAUGCGAUUAGGGUUAUUUCUUUUAUAUCUUAUUGGCUUGUGGACUCCUCUGUGCGAUCCCCAUAUGCUUUUGUUUUGCUUGUAACCUUUAAGCUGAACCUCAAGAGAGCUAUCUUGAUGCUUAAUUUUUGUAAUUGUUUCUUUUAAGAUCUAGCAAAAAGCCCAAGUUCCAAAUGUAUUUCCUUUCUUUUGGGAUUUAAUAAAAUUGACCUUUUU